AUGGCUGAUAAGGGAGUGACGAGUGCUGUGGAUGAGUUGAUGAUGAAAGAGGCGGCGCUGGCAGCAGUGAUAGAGGAGGUGCUGGACAUGCGGCACGCAUUGACAGCAGUGCAGGGGGAGUUGGCAGCAGUUAAGGGGGAGUUGGUAGUGGUUAAGGGGAAGUUGGAAGCAGUUGAAUGCGAGUUGGCAGUGGUUAAGGGAGAAUUGAGGAAUCGCAAGGACGCUAAGGAAGAGAAGCUUGCAGAGGGUAGUCAGGAGUCGGGUGGAAUAGGGCUGAGAGGGAAGAAUAGAAAGAGAAAGCACGAAAUCACAGCGGAUGUUGCACGGGAGGAGGAAAGGAGAAGGGAGGUGCAGGAGUUGAAUGAGUCACGUACCGUGGAGGAACCGGCGGCCUGUGAGGAAGGGCAGAUGAUGCAAGAUCUGAAGAUGGAUGUUGAGCUGCAAGUCAGGGAGAGUGAAGGCGAUCAGAAGAUGGCAUGGGAGGUGAGUGUUGAGCAAUCAAGUCUGCAUCACAAGAUACCUCUCUGCGUCUGA